AUGUACAACCUGCAAAUUCAUGGACUUCCCUUAUAUUUCCCCAAUGGUGAUCCAGGUCGGUUGGAUAAAAAGCCCAACACCAGCCCUCAGUUCAGCCCACUGUUCUUUGGGACACAGCUGCUGGUUCGCCUGUUGCAUAUUUUCACAAACCCAUACCCCAUUCCUCCUGUCCCCUUGUUGAAGCGUGCUGGUGGGGCACCCCAACCUUGGCCCAUUCAGCCCCACCCUGCGGCACAUGUCCACAGGUCCCACUUCCCCCCUCCUCCUCCUCCCCUCCCUCUCUUCCACACCCGCCAUGCAGAAGAGAGCGCAGAGAGGCCCCAUCUGGUCACCAUCAUACGGCCCUGUGGUCAAAGUACUCUGCGCAAGGUAACAGUCCUGUUGAACCGCAGAGGUGUGGUGUCCUUCGAGCAACUGCUAUUGGAUAUCUCUGAGGCGUUGGGGUUUCCUCGUUGGCACAGAGCCAGAGUCACACGCCUUUACACGACCCACGCACGAGAGGUGAAAGGUAUAUGUGAUUUCUUCCGAGGCGAAGUGGCUUUUCUGGCCCUAGGGAAGGUUCGUCCAGAGCUAAGCGGUGUGCAGGAGGCUCUGGAGGAAUUGUUUCCAGAACAAUCUCAUUACCGGGCUGACGCAAUACGGGCCUGGGAGAAAAGACUUCGACCAGCGCCAGAUAAAGCUGCUAAAGCCGACAGUGGAUACAGUGAAGGGACAGACAGCAGUGAGACACACACUGACCAAGAGGCACACCAGGACACAGAUGCACAUCAUGUCAAAAAUCACAAUAACACACACACAAGUACACAGCAUAUAAAUGCACACCAGCUCGACAAUUACAACCCAGACGUUCAGAAGUGUCACAAAAAGAACUCAUGCAGAAAACCUUCUCACCUGCCAAACCACCUGCAGAGACUGCACGUGAGGGGCGAGGCCAGAGAGCGGCUGACGUCUGUCAUUGGUCCCUUUAAACACGAUGAAGCUCUUAGAGAAGAAGAGAUACCUUUUCCUACUCUGUGUGAAGAAUGCUUAACAAGAAGAGCUAAACGUCAGGGUCCAGAGCGGCUCACUCCCCUGUCAGGGAGGGUCCCACUUCCUCCAGUGUUGAGGAAGCAAAAAGGAAGUUCUUAUGCAGAUCAGGAAGUUAGAAAGUUGAAUGUUCACAACAGCCCUCCGCCUCCUCAGCCAAUCAGCAGAGAAGAGGAGAAGAGCGUUGCCCAAUUAGUCUCAAAUCAAUUCCCAGAUGAGGAUCAAAUACACAAGGACAUACAGAGGAGGCCGACCUUUGACCUUUCAUCAGGCGGAAGUGAUGUCACUCUGGCAGAUAUCGAGCGUUGCUAUGAAAUUGGACGUGCUGUUGGAGAUGGUAACUUCGCUGUAGUGCGAGAGUGCCGCCGCCGUGACAAUGGACAAAUCCUUGCUGUGAAGAUUGUUGAACGCUCCAAGCUGAUUGGUCGAGAGCACAUGAUGCAGAACGAGCUGAGCCUUCUGGGUAGCCUCUGUCACCCUCGCAUAGUACGGCUGUUUGCGCACCACCACACGCACACUCACUCGUACCUGUUGAUGGAGAUGGUGAGCGGGGGGGAUCUGUUUGAGGCCAUCAGUGAGAGGGGGACAUUUCCAGAGGCCGAAACAGGACUGAUGGUGUCAGACGUGAGCGGAGCACUGAACUACAUCCACUGCAAGAGCAUCGUCCACCGAGACCUCAAACCAGAAAACCUUCUGAUAGAGCGUGUGGCUUCUGGCAUCUUUAGGCUGAAGCUGGGAGACUUUGGUCUCGCCAUGGUUGUGACUGAGCCAGUGUUCACCAUAUGUGGCACACCCACGUAUGUAGCCCCAGAGAUCCUCUGUGAGACAGGUUAUGGUGUUGCAGUGGAUGUUUGGGCUCUGGGUGUUAUCCUCUACGUCCUGCUGUGUGGAUUUCCCCCAUUUCGCAGUCGGGAUCGAGACCAGGAAGAGUUGUUCCAGCUGAUAAAACGGGGACAACUCCACUUCCUGCCCCCCUACUGGGACCCCAUCUCAGAAGAAGCCAAAGGCCUUGUCCGAGCUCUGCUUCAGCCAGACCCUGCAGUGAGGCUGACAGCCGAGCAGACCCUGCUGCACCCCUGGGUGAAGGCUAUGGCUUCAGGUUGCACGCAGAGGGCGCUCAUAGACAAAACUCAGAGGGACACAACAGAUGCUGGAGCAGAACCAGACAAGCCCAGACAAGUCCAGAGACAAGCCCAGACCAAUGCAGCAGAAACAAUGACACCAAGAGGACACAUCAGCAGCGGGGGAGAAGCCACACGUACAGAGUUCAGCAGGCAUGAUGAUAAACAAACAGAGAUAAGAUUGGGAGGAAGCCUUGAUGAAGACAAAACACCACGGCAACCAUCAAAAAAGACAAGGACAGUUUACACCAUAUCUCCACAGAUACAAGCACACCCACUUCCAGAGGCCACACCUGGUGAACAGAAACCAGACUCUGGCUCUUCUAGCACACCAGAAACACAGGAUCCAUCAGAAUCUCCGUCUCCAGUUAGCACCAGUGUUGACUUAAACCAACUCGAUGCCCCCCGAGCCCAAGAUGAGCUUUUAUCCCAUAUAAAGACAACCUCUAAACAAAACCAACAGUAUUCACCUCCAUGUUCACCGCCUUCCACCAAAACAGCUCCACAAACUCCCACCGGUCUUUCAACCCAUCCCCACCCAUCCUCCGAUCCAGCAGCGGUGUCUCACUCUCUACAUCAGCAGAACUUCACCUCUUCAAUGCACAACCCCACCACAGCCAGCGCACACCACCCAGCUGAAAACUACGACAAACCGAUUGUUCGCACCACCAACACCCAGCCAGCCGCGCAGUCUGGGCCUCAAUGUCAAUCUCCUGCUUAACCAUGUGAUUAGAUCAGGAUCAUCACUUUCAUUGUGCCGGACAAUACCGCUGAUUUCCUGGCAGCUGAAUCAUUGAAUGACCUGCAGAUGAUGUGAUUUACUCUGCUGGGAUUGAUGAGGGUCUGAUUGACGAGGCUAGAUAAACGUUAUAAAUGUGUGUCCUGCAAUCAUAGAUUAUGAGACUUUGUUUGAACUUUGAUUUAAAACUUUUGCAGUUUGUCAUUGUUUCUAAAGUUGUGUUGUAACCAUGAACCUACUUUGUAGUACAUGUCUGUAGUGUUUGUGCUUUGGUUGUUACAUUUAACCUUCCUGAAAGCCAUGUUUAACUUUGAGGAUCUGAUAUGUUAUCGUGUCUGCCAGUCCGAGUGGAAGCUAUUUUUAAAUUGCUUGUGUUUGGACACUAACCCAUCCCCUUCAAGUCAAUUCCUAGAAAUCUGUGAUGGGAUAGUUUAUCUAGCAACAUUUAUUUACUAUACCAUCAUAAACUAAACGUAUUUGUAUAGAAAACUUUUCAUCUUAGUCCUGGUAAAAGUUUGCCAUAUUUACUAAACUCUUAAAUGCCAUCUUUCUGACUGUUUAUUUUUCGUGUUUUGUACUGGUUUGUUUGACAACAAACUGAUCUGAAUGGAUAUUCCUGUAGCCCUGUAACCAUGUGAUGAUUACAGUGCCUCCGUAACCUCCGCCAGUACAUUAUCAAGCUUUGACAAUAUGUUGACAAAUGUGUGGUAAGAUCCAGUGUAUUUAUUGGAGGACAGUGUAUGAUAACAUCUAGAGGCUGAACUGCAUGCAUAGCUGAGGGUGGUAUAGCUCCACAGCCAAAUAAGGCUUAUCUGUCUGUCCAAUGGGAGUGGUUAGUCUUGUCCCUCCCAAAUGUAGACUGUAGACAGCUGACACUUUGACAUCCUGCCCCACCUAAGGACUAACACCAAGGACAAACACACAGCCCCCCACCCUGUACACAAAUGUGCCCCUCCCAGUCCCUGAGGCUGCUAAGCCACAUAUCAGUGGCACUAAAGAGAUGACUAUAAGCUUAUAAAUGUUUCUGACAUAGUAUCAGUUGCCAAGGUUUUUCUUUCAUCACCCUGUUUUUCUGGCUGAAUUAUUAAUGCUUCUUUAACACACAAACACAGGGCCCCUUACAACCAGUUGAACCACUUUUGAUAGAUUGCUGCCACGUACAGAGCUACAGGCCUACACAUGGCAGCAGAGACAAGGUGUUUUGUUGUUGUGAAGUUUUGUUAGA